AUGUCUACAAAUACAUCUUCUGAAACAGGCUGCAUGGCUCCCAGACUGUCCAGGUUAACAUGUUUGAGACUAAGUAUCAUGGUUGUACUCCUGUUCCACUGCUCUUACACAUUCUGUCAACGGUUGGAUGGUGCCCUGUCUGUGGUCAACAACCCUGAAGAAGUGGACGACGAGGAUGAUGAAAAUGAGGUUCAAGUAGAAGAUGAAGAAGUCUUAGAGCUGGUCCAUCCAACCAAUAAAUGGCAAUCUCUCAAGCCUGGCCAAGCUGUACCACGCGGUUCACACGUCAGAUUAAAUUUACAAACGGGACAGAGGGAGGUCCGGCUGGGAGAGGAUCAGCUAAAAUACUGGAACCAGCAACAUAGUGAGAAUGACGCAAAUGAUCAGUUUAUAAACCCGGAUGAGCUGAAAGAAGCAAUGAAGAAAAUUAAAGAAGACUUGAAAAUCAACCAAGACUCAACUAAAAAUGACUCUCCGUCAUCUCACUUUCGGCCCCUCGAGGAGCUAAAGGAGGAUAUGGCUCAGCUGAAUCUUCUUGUGGAAACAGACGCGCAGAUAUUAAGACGCCUCCUGACACAGCUGAACAGCACCCGCUCCACAGAAGAGAAGCUGACCAUUCUUUAUGAGCUUGAGUACAUGGUGCACCAGGUGGAUAAUGCCCAAAACCUUUGCUCCAUGGGGGGUCUUCUGUUACUUUUAGAGGGACUGAACAGCUCUGAUUCAAAGUUACAGGAAACCUCUGCCUUUGUUCUGGGAUCAGCAUUAUCCAGCAACCCAACUGUGCAGGUGAAGGCUGUGGAAAGUGGUGUCCUUCAAACAUUAUUAAUGCUUUUAGCUACAACUGAAAAUGUCACUGUACAGAAAAAGGUCCUUUUUGCUAUUGUCUCCCUUUUGCGUAACUUUCCAUUUGCACAGCAGCAUUUUCUGUCAAAUGGCGGUCUUCAGGUGAUGUCAGAGGUUUUCCAAGGGGACGGGAACAGGAUCCUGCAAACAAGAAUUGUCACUCUGCUACAUGACCUAAUCAGUGAAAGGGAGCAGAUCUCAAAGACAAAGCCAGACUCUGACCCUUCACAUGAGGAGAGGCUGCAUCAGUAUUCCAGAGUUUCCUUGGACAAAGAACUGGUGGAGACAAACUGGUGCAGUCUGGUUCCACAGCUGCUGAACUCACCCGAGCAUGACCACAGAGAGAAGGCUCUCCUCACUUUGUUAGCGAUGGCUCCGCUGUGUGUGGAACAGUUCGGCGCGGAUCAGUCCCUGCAGACGUCUCUGAUCAGUUUAAAGACUCAUUAUGAGGAAAUCCUCCAUAAAGAAAAGACUGCUGAGACAGAUGGGGGAUAUUUCCAGGACAUUAGGCUCUCUCACUGCUCAGCUAUGGGUGACGGCGAAGUGAUGGAGAUGGCUGCACUCGGCCGCCCCUUUAAUCUGGGGAUGUUGUACGACUGCAGAGCAGACAGACUGGUUCCAGGCAUAACACUAUGGGACAUUGGGGAUCUCAUGCAAGACACAAGAGUGGCGCCAAAACCCAACAGUGAAUUUCACGUAGUGGCAUCUGAAUCCAUCUCUGACAAGUCCUCUUCGAUGGGAGUGGAGGCUUCGGUGAAAGCCAGUUUUCUGGGUGGGCUUAUAGAAGUUGAAGAUAACAUUGAACACAACAGUGUGACCCUGAGCUUCUCUGCUCCUUCAUUUGGUGUUGAGACCAUCAAAACUUACAGAGUGGAGUACUGUGUGGAUGGAGCAGAAGAAUGGGAGCAGACAGAGACAGAAGGAGACCAAGUCACAGUCACUGGUCUGAGCCCCAACACUGAAUACAGCUUCAGAGUCCGAGCAGUCACAGAUGUGGGUGUGGGGCCAGCUGCUCAAUGCACUGGAAACGUCCUGCAGAAGUCGGACAAAAUGUUCAGAUUCAUAGCUACAGUGUUGAGCAUGGUGAAACAGAGAAUGAAAUUCAGUGGAAGCAAGAAGCGUCCUACUCUGAGCAGGUGUUGA